AUGGUUGAUGUCGUGCCCCUGUCAUUCCUGCACUCACCAUCGCUAAUGGGGGGCCUUCGGACCUCGGACCCUAUCACUGAUUCUGUUGAAGUCUGCACACUAUCCUCCGCCAUGUGUGCCUUGGGCUCUAUUCACCUCAAAUCGGUUACAUGGGACAGAGUACGUUCUGCGACAGCGAGUGAUGACAACAUGCAGACCCUCCUUGAACUCGUCGAGUCUGGCUUGCCUGAACAUCGCCAUGCAUUUCCUCACCCACUGCGUGAAUAUUUCCAGUUUCGUGAUGGAAUUUCUUUGGUUGAUGGAGUUAUCCUCUUCAAUGAUCGUGUACUCAUUCCUCCUUCCCUCCGGGAUGAGAUCUUGACCCACCUGCAUGCUGCUCACCAAGGGGUUACCUCGAUGACUGCUCGUGCUGAAGCUUUUGUCUCCUGGCCUGGCACCACCCCCGCGAUCAAAGCCCUACGUGCAGGAUGCACUCAGUGUAACCGGAUAGCCCCAUCCAAUCCCAGUGCACCACCGGCUCCCCUGAUCUCGCCGGCCUUCCCCUUUCAGUGUAUCUGUGCAGACUAUUUUCAUAACAAAGGAUGCAACUAUUUGGUCAUAGUGGACAUUUACUCGAACUGGCCAAUCGUCGAGCGGUCUGCACAGGGGGCGAGUGGAGUCAUCACAUGUCUCCGUCAUGUUUUCGCCACCUUCGGCAUCCCCGACGAGCUGGCUUCUGAUGGUGGCCCUGACGCUUCGCGUCGUUUCCUUUCGGAUUGGGGCAUCCAUCAUCGUCUUGCCUCUGUUGCAUUUCCACACAGCAACUGUCGAGCUGAGGUUGCUGUGAAGACCAUCAAGCGCCUCAUCAUGAGCAACACGGGCACUACUAGUUCCCUUGAUACAGAUCACUUUCAACUGGCAAUACUUCAGUAUCGCAACAACCCGGACAGGGACACGAAGCUCUCCCCGGCCAUGUGUUUCUUUGGCCACCUAAUCAAGGACUUCAUUCCUAUUGCCCCUGGCAGAUACAAGCCACACAACACCUGGUGUGAGACCCUACAGGCAAGGGAAGAGGCCCUUCGCAACCGUCACAUGAAGGGAGCAGAACGCUGGAAGGAACACACCAAACGGCUUCUUUCACUUGUUUUUGGCAACCACGUCCGCGUUCAAAACCAAACAGGGCCACAUCCUCUGAAAUGGGACAAGACCGGCGUGGUGAUUGAAGUACGGCAGCACGCCAGCUCCUUCGCCAAGGCGAUCUCUCCGUCGGGCCAGUAG